AUGGCUUGGAAUAUAAGAGGGGUCGUGAACAAAGCUACAGUUCACACCCUUAAGAAUCUUGUUAAUCAGAACAGACCUAGUAUAGUCAUGCUACUUGAACCUAAGUGCAGUGGAGAUACUGCUAGUAAGGCUAUUCGAGAAAUGGGUUUCUUUUUCUCUAUUAGAGAAGAAGCUGUGGGAUUUUCAGCUUUUCAUCCAGGAAGAGGUUCUCAUAUGAUUAAGGAGAAAGUGAUGAAUGGAGAAUGGGUUCCAAUGAAAGCUGGGAGGAAUGGACCUGCUAUCUCUCACCUCCUUUUUGCCGAUGACAUUCUUCUUUUUGCCAAAGCUUCGGAGGAGCAAAUGAGAACAGUGUUGGAUGCUCUUCAUCAAUUUAGUGAGGCCUCAAUAUUGAAGGUUAGUGUGUUUAAAACAUCUAUUUAUUUUUCCAAAAGUGUGCAAAGAGGAGAAAGGGCAUAUAUUUGUGAGAUUAGUGGAUAUAAGGAGGUCCCUUACUUGGGAUGUUAUCUGAGUUCCAUGAUAACGAAUGAAAGAAAAAUCAAGAAAAAUUACAAGACAACACUUGAAAAAGCUAAGGGAAAGAUGAGGGGAUGGAAAGCACAUUGCUUAUCCUUUGUAGGUAGAAUAACUUUGGCUAAGUCUGUGAUAAGCGCAGCUAUCAACUAUAAGAUGAUGCAUGAAAAAGUCCCUAAGGGCAUAUGUUAUGAAGUGGAAAAAAUGCAAAAGCAGUUAAUAUGGGGCGAUAGUGAAGAAGGACGAAAGUUUCACGCUAUUGGCUGGAAACACAUGUGCAAGCAUUUGAAUUUGAGAGGAUUGGGUUUUCGAAACCUAAGCCUGUUGAAUGAUGCUUUUCUCAUGAAAUCGACAAAUUGUUAUGGAAGAUAA